GCCCCCGGCGGAAGAGGAAGUGGAGCCUCCCCGGCAGCCGGCGGCCGAGGCUCCGUGACGGGCGCGGGGCGGCCCGUAGCCGAGCGGGCGGCGGCGGCCGAGGAAGAUGAGGGCCGCCGUGCUGCUGUGGGCCGCGCUGUGCGGAUCGCUGCUCCCGCCGAUAAAUGCAGAUGAAGGAAUCUUGCAUGCUUCUGGAAAUGGUGUAACUCCCUUAACAAAGGAUUACUGCAUAGCUUACAAUUCUAACUGGAUAACUCUCCCAAGCAGCCUGGACAAUGCUACUUUCAGGUCUCUGGAAAACCUAACUUCUACGGUACUCUGCGAUUCUUCUGAAGUUCCUGCUGUUGUAAUGAAGGACAAAGCAGUUGUUGUGAUGAGAGGAAACUGCACUUUUUUGGAGAAAGCAAAAAUUGCUCAAAGUUUGGGUGCUAAAAUGCUGUUGAUUGCCAGUAAAGCUAGGCUGUCUCCUCCUUCAGAUAACAAGACUGAUUUUGAAAAUUUAUCUCUACCAGUUGCUCUUAUAAGAUAUAAUGACAUAAUGGAUAUGCAGCUGACUCUUGGAAAUGAAAUUAAUGUGACUCUCUAUUCACCACCUUUGCCCGAGUUUGAUUGCAGUAUGGUUGUCAUCUUUGUAAUUGCUGUGUUCACUGUGGCACUCGGAGCCUACUGGAGCGGAAUAGCAGAACUUGAGAAUUUGAAAGCAACGGCAAGUCCUGGGGACAGAGAAACAAGAAGGAAGAAGGAGGAAAAUGUUACUUUCACCACUCUGACAGUUGUCUUGUUUGUUGUCAUCUGUUGUGUCAUGCUGAUUUUACUUUAUUUCUUCUACAAAUGGCUAGUGUAUGUUAUAAUAUUGGUCUUCUGCUUGGCAUCUGCAAUGAGCCUGUACAAUUGUCUUGCUGCAUUAAUAGGAGAAAUCCCAUUUGGGCAGUGCAGAAUUGUGUGUGGCAACAGAAAUAUUGAAGUGAGGCUUAUUUUUCUUGCUGCAUUCUGCAUAGCAGCAGCCGCUGUCUGGGCUGUGUUCCGAAAUGAAGAUAGGUGGGCUUGGAUGUUGCAAGACAUUUUGGGAAUUGCUUUCUGCCUAAACUUCAUUAAAACACUGAAAAUGCCCAACUUUAAGUCCUGUGUGAUACUUCUAGGCCUUCUUCUUCUCUAUGAUGUGUUUUUUGUCUUCAUAACACCAUUUAUCACAAAGAAUGGGGCAAGUAUAAUGGUUGAAGUUGCAGCUGGUCCCUUUGGAAACAGUGAAAAGAAUGAUGGAAACUUGGUGGAAGUCCCUACUGAACGCUCAGCUCCCCAUGAGAAAUUACCUGUGGUUAUUAGAGUGCCUAGACUUGAAUACUCAGCAGCGACACUGUGUGACAUGCCUUUUUCAUUGCUGGGUUUUGGAGACAUUAUUGUCCCAGGCCUUCUGGUUGCCUACUGCCGAAGAUUUGAUGUUCAAACAAGUUCUUCUUCUGUAUACUAUGUUUCCUGUACAAUAGCUUAUGCUGUUGGUAUGGUGCUGACUUUUGUUGUUCUGGCAUUAAUGAAGAUGGGACAACCUGCCCUUCUCUAUCUUGUACCAUGUACACUCAUUACUAGCUCUCUUGUUGCUUGGAGGCGCAAAGAGAUGAAGAAGUUUUGGAAAGGAAGCAGUUACCAGGUAUCGGACUCUCCCAGGACGCCUUUGCUACAAGAUGAUGGAACAUCUGGAUUACCCAGGAAAUGAAGAAGGCACAGCACCAGCCAGUGAGCAGCCUGGAGGACAAUAACAUGUAGGAUUCUGGCUUAAAAUAGUAUUGAAAUUUUUUACAGGUGAAUUGCAGUAAAUUUGGUGAAAUUUUCUAGAGUAUUUCAUGCUCUGUGUAGAAGGGUUUUUACUCAUGCACCUAUAUUUUUAUGAAAAAUAUUGUUAAUAACAUAAGAGUAAUCAAAAUAGAUUUGCAUUUUUACAGCCAAAACAUAUCUAAUAAAACUGUGCCUUAUUUUGGUUUGUAUAAAUGGAUAUUUUCUAUGCAAUUUUCCAAUGUUCUUCUAUACAGUGUAUUUUUAUAAAAUUUUCUUGCCCGUAUCACUUUGCAUGAGAUGUUUUGUUAAUUUUGAAUAAGGCUGAUCAAAUUUAAUUUAAAAAAUAAACAGUAAUAGCAAAAUUCUUCACAGGAUUUCUUUCCAGAUUUUGAAUGUGAAGACAGAUAGUAAUGUAACUACAGAAUGAAACUAUAGAUCUGCAAGUAAUUGAAGAAACAGUGUGUAUGUCAAUCUAUGUAGAUCGUAAGCCAUAAAAUAGAUAACAGGGCAAAUUUUAAUUUGUAGUAGUGAGCUUUCUUUUUUUGUUUUAUUUUUCUUGGUGGGGUUUUUUGUUUGUUUUUUUCUCUGUAGUUUCACAGGCUUAUGCCUUGAUCAUGAAAAUUGUUAAGCUUUGAUGCACAUCUUUGGAUUAUAUGCAUUGUCAACCAUCAAAAACACUAAAAGUGUGUGUAGGAGGUACUUACAGGGUGGCACUGGAAACUUAGAUGCAGCUCCUGGAAUAGCUGGCAAACAAGACAGUGUUAAAGGCCAGAAGUUUUUGUUCAACAAGUGUGAUGUAAAUCUUUGAGAGGGGAAAAAAACUAGAAUUUUAUGUCUGGACUGGUUCUUCUCUUACCUGUCAGGACUUGAUCUAUAUAUGUGGUCUUCAUUUGGCUUUGCAUCAGUUCAAAGAGGUGGGGGAUGAGAGGGCAGAUGUUUCUAGCUUUUGUAUCUGUACUGCAGCUUUUUUUUUUUUUUCUCCUUUCUACAUUAAAGAAACAACUGUUUUUGAAAAUCCGUUGUGGUUGAUAGACAAACAACUGGUUUGAAUAGCAUUAGCACUGCUUGUGUUAGUUAAGGCCACUCAGUGCCUUUGUUUAACUUGAUUAAUCCUAAUUUGUUUUAGUGUUUUAAUACUCUAAAGUUAAGUACUCUUAAAGACUUGGAAAAGGAAAAUUGGUUUGAAUCAUUAAUUUGCUUUUAGAAGAGGUUGAGUUUGAGUGCUUGUUUGAUGCUUUUUUUUUUUUUUUUUUUUUUUUUUUAGUUCUUCUGUGGGGGGAACUGCAAAUUGAGGGGGAUUAGGCAUAGAAAAUUGGUAGAACUGCAAUGCUAAUAAUUUACACCAAAGAAAAUUGGAGAAGUCAUCUACAAGGAACCACCGAGUUCACUUACUGCUACCAUCAGGUAGUCAUGAAAACAUUUUUCCUAUUUUUAAUUGAAUGUAAUUCCUGUAGUCAAUACAAGUCCAAGAACCAUACAGAAAACAACCAAAUAAGCACAUGCUGGGCAAUGGCAGUGCAGCCCUUUCUGCAGUGCCUCACAUAAGUGCCUCAGUGUUGGUCUGAAGGUCACCUCUAGACACUGAUAGUUAGGGGCGUGUUGGCUCAGGAGAACUUACACUGGUUAAAUCUAGUUUAGCUAGAUUUACUUUGGAAGUAUGCUAAUUAA